CUCCGAGACAGCUCCAGCCACCGCUUCCAGCCGCCGCCGGGCAGCCCUGCGAGCUCCGGGCUGAGUCUCCUGCUAUCUCAGCCGGGUGCUAGGCAAAAGCGCGCAGGGCGCAGCCGGGCAGCCCCUUCUUCCCUUGGGCACAGAGGAGAAGUGCGCAGAGGUUUUGGACACCCACCUCCCCGUUCCCGGGGGUUGGGAGCAGAAGGAAGGGCUCAGCUAUCUCGGCCCUGCAGGCGAUAGCGGAGAGGAGCGCAAGGUGCAGAGGUCCAGUCCCCCGACCAGGAGCUGGAGGAGACGCGUGGCCGGGAGAACCUUUCGGGGGCGUAGGGCAGAAAAGGGCCUGGCGAAGCGCGCCGUCUGCCAAGGGAGAAGGGCGCAGCGGUGUCAGAUGCCCAGCGCUGGGCAGAAGGGCGCAGGCUGCAGCAGUACCAGACUGCCUUGUAGGCUAGAGGGGGCAGGGUGGCGGGCUGCAGUCUUCCUUGGCGCAGCGACGAAGGGCGCAGCUGUAGCAGACCCCCGCGCAAGGGAGGAGGGCGCAGGGCGCUAAGGGAAGAAGGCGCAGCUGUAGCAGACCCCCGCGCAAGAGAGGAGGGCGCAGGGCGCUAAAGGAAGAAGGCGAAAGCUGUAGCAGACCCUCGCGCAAGAGAGGAGGGCGCAGGGGGGAGCAGGCAGCGCCACGGUCAUGAGGCUGGUCCUGGCGGAGCGGAGCUUCAACCGCACUAACCACAGCUGGGCUGGGGGUUCCGGCAACCUGAGCUGGAAGGAGGGGCCGCUGCGGGCCUGGGCGGCUGGGGGCCUGGGGCGCACGGGGCACAGCGCGGUGGCCGUGUCUCUGGGCAUCAUCCUGGUGUGGGGCUGCCUGAACCACCUGCUGGUCCUGCUGAUCUUCCUGAAGUUCGAGUCCUUCCGGACCCCCAUUCCCCUGAUCCUGCUGAACAUCAGCCUCAGCGAGCUGCUGGUCUGCAUCUUCGGGACCCCCUUCCGCCUGGCCGCCAGCGUGCGGGGCCGCCGGCUCCUCGCCUGUGCCGGCUGCAAGUGGUACGGCUUCGCCAACGCCCUCUUCGGAAUUGUCUCUCUGAUUUCCCUUUCCAUCCUCUCGUACGAACGCUAUGUCACAGUGCUCAGGAGGUGCAUGAAAGUGAACGUGUCCAGCUACCAGAAAUCCUGUCUCUUUAUUGCAGGCUCUUGGUUCUACUCCUUGUUUUGGACUUUGCCUCCUUUGUUUGGUUGGAGCAGCUACGGUCCCGAAGGCCCAGGCACCACCUGCUCAGUAGCAUGGCACUCCAGGUCUCCUAACAAUAUCUCUUACAUCAUAUGCCUCUUUAUCUUCUGCCUUAUAUUGCCUCUUCUGACAAUGAUCUAUUGUUACGGGAAAAUAAUGAGAGCAAUCAAAACGGUUUCUAGGUGUAAUAUGACAACAGUUCAGAAGAGGGAACGCCACAUACUUUUUAUGGUGGUAUCCAUGGUUACCUGCUACCUCCUCUGUUGGAUGCCAUAUGGGAUAGUAUCUUUGAUUGCAACAUUUGGCAAGCCAGGAAUAAUCACUCCAACAUUGGAACAGGAGUUGAGCUUACAUGAAGAUUAUUUGUUCCUCAGAAGAAUACAAAAAUGUCGGAAACCAGAAGGUGCGGGCUCAUCGUUAUUGGACUGUAAGGAGAUCAUAAACAGAUUCCAGGAUCUGCUCGUCAAGGAUGCAGAACUCAGCAAGGAUGGUGCAAAAUUUGAAAUGCAAAAAGAUGACAGGCAGCAACCAAUUUCAGCUCACCUAACGGGGUUCAAGAACAGCACCAAGAAAAUAUCAGUUUUACAGUGGCAGAAAACGGGGUAUGCCCCUAUGAGCAACCUGAUAUCCUACAAAGGAGGGAAAUUGAAGGUGGAAAAAGAAGGGCUCUACUACAUCUACUCCCAGGUCAGCUUCUGCACCAAGCAAACUCCUGGGGCGCCAUUUACGGUGUUUAUUUAUUUGAACCUACCAUCGGAAUUUGAUCGGCUCUUAUUAAAGGGACAGGAUACACACAGCUCAUCCAGUGUUUACUGUGCCCUCCAAUCCACUCACCUGGGAGGAGUGUUUGAACUCCGGAAAGGUGACGUGGUGUUUGUUAAUGUGACAGAUUCGACUCAAGUGAACUAUGAUCAUGGAAACACAUACUUUGGUAUGUUUAAACUCUAUUGAGACGUGACUUGCCAUGAAGAAGAGAGCUGCAGGAGGCCCAAUCCCAACUUUGUUGAACAAAGUGACUUCUGGUUUCCAAUAUUUAUGUUCCUCUGCAUCUUUAGUUUUCUUGUAUCUAGUUCUGUAUAUUGUGUUAUUUAUUAACAAGGGUGGAAUGAGCCCUUAGAACAGAAACAGAACAAAGUUUGGAGCUGUUACUGUGUGCACUUUGUUCUCACCUUUUCUCAUUGCAGAAUGUCUGUACACAUCUGUAUCAUAUGUAUUUAAGCCUUCCAUACCCUGUGUGCUAUCACUUGUCUGACAGGGUGGAUAUGCUUAUUUAGUAGAACAUAAUAUGAGUGUUUCUUUCCAAACAACAUUAUGUAUCUCUCAGGGGACUCCAGUCAGAUAGAUUAUAUGUACCUCUUUUUCAAUCUGCUUAUAAAGUAACAGUGGAAAAACUUUAAGGGUUUAGAAACAUCUUCUCUAGGAAAAAAGCAAUCAGCAAAUUGCCAUCCUUAAGCAGUAACUGCCAAUGAUACAUAUUUACCAUUUAAAUUCUAUAUUUCACCUGAAGUCUCCCUUCUUUUCAUCUCUGUAUAUGUACAAUAUACAAUCAGCAGAGCCUUGUACCUUUUAUAAUCAUGUGAUAUUUGCUGAGGCUUGUUCACACUAGGUGAAAUUCACUCCAGAGAAGAAGGGCCUGCACAAGGUCCAUGAGCCACUCAUGUCCUCAGAACAGGGCUUCAGUGAGCCAUAAAUAGUCCUCUGCCCCAGGGUGAAUUUCAUGCACAGGCCUAGACUGUCCUGUAUAGAUUUGUGAAUGAAGGGGACACUGCUCAUGGAACAACCCACACCCACGUGGAAGGGAGCCUCAGCCACCCUCCCCGUACCACUACCCCUUCUCUCCAGGCCCCCCGGACAACCCUCCUCCAUGGGCCCUUAUUGCACACUAUGGGAAGGAAUGGGAAGGCAGAAGGCUGGACCAGGCAGGAUCCCCUGUCCAGUCCUAUGAUAUACCUCCAAGUUGUCUUAUCUAUUGUGUAGAGCCUCCCCUGGGCAUCUUGGGGCUACCACAGCCAGGGUAGCUCCUGGUAGAGCGGCUCCACUGUGGUCACUGGGGCCAUAGCUGGUGCAGAGGGACUGGAGCUCUAUGGAUAGGCCCCAGAGCCUUUUCCAUGUGGGAUCAAUGGGUAGUAUGGGGAUGUCCUUGCUGAGAUUUUUCUCCCCAGACAUUCCUCCCAUGGACGGUUUGAGAGGGUGAUCUGGGCCAUAAUAAAUUAAGACAGUUACAUAGCACCUUGCACCCAAAGAUCCCAAAUACCAAGAGACUUUUCAGGAUCCUGAUCCUGGAACUCUUACUCACUCAAGUGGUGCUCACUCAUGGGAGUAGCUCUGUUGAAGUAAAUAAGAUUGCUUGUGUAAGGGUUGCAGGAUUGGGACAUAGGAUUUUUGCCUGACUAAAGAUUGCAAGAUUGGCCCAUAUAGCAUACCAUGGUCACUUGCCCCAUCUUCAGUAUGCAGCCACCUCUGGAAUGGAAAGCAGUAAUCUUUACACACAGAACAUACCAACACCAGUGACUGUGGAUUUAAGGUCUGAUGCUGCACCCACGGAUGUCAAUGGGAGGCAUGCUCAGAAACUGCCAGUCUAAUUUUAUUAUAAUUUAAUAUGUAGUGUUGGUGGCAUAACUUUAUUAGAAAAUGGAGUCAGUGAAAUGUUUUUGUUUGAUGCAUUGUGUAAAAAUUAUUUAUUUAAUUAAAGCUGUAUUAUAUUCAUGGACAAAGGGAGGGAACAACUCGAAGCUGCACUGGAAAAUAGAAAAUGUGCAAGGAAUAAACAUGACUGUUGUUAUGUUUGUGCAGUAAUGUUGGAUCCGCAGUAUUGAAUGUUGAGUUCUGAAGUGCUAAACCGGAAGUGCUGUGUUGCUUAUACAUCACAGCGCUGAGCUGAUCUGCAGUCUUGCUACAACAGUUGGUGUAGAAUUCUGCAUACUGUAGUGUUACAAAUAACAUACCCUUGAUAAAUUAACAAAUAAAAUUUCAUUUUAUACAG